AUGUUGCACCAAUCAAAUGCCUCACAAGAUGCCAAGAAGAAUGACUUAAGGCAUGAAAAAAGCUCAUCUGACACUGCUGCAUAUGUUGCUGCUGCUACUGCUGCAAUGGCAGAAGAAACAACAAAUGAUGCAGUCGCCCCAUCAAUAGAGACUGGAAUUUUUGAGGAUGUUAUAGAUGAUGAAGUGGAGAGGAAUGACAUUCCCAUGGAUGUGAACAUUGAUAUGGAAGCUUCUAGAAACCUUCAGCUUGCAGAAAAACACAUGACUAAAGAGUUGAAAGAUGACUACUCUAUUGAUGAUCCAGUUAUUGAUAUUGCCAAGUUGUUUGGUACCCCAACUAUGUCGGGCGAGUUUUCAGUAUAUGUCAUACCUCACCAUCUAUCUCCUGCCAUUUUUAAGCGAAGGCGUGAGAUUAAAAAGUCUCGUAUCUUGCAGCACCCUUUUACAGAUCCCACCAAGAGAAAGAAACUAAGAAAAUAG